AUGGCAUCGCUCAAGUUUUCCGUGUCCAUCCUCAUGUGGGCAGAGGCGUGGGGCGGCGCUCUCUACGGAUGGGUCUUCGAGAGCUUCGUGCACAAGCUCGCGUCGGAAGGCCAGCUCAAGCUCCGCGUUUUGGACUACAGCUCGUUUAUGUGGUUCAAAGUGUCGGCCACGCUGACCAUCGACGACUCGUUCAAGGUCGUCAAGGGCCCGACGAGCAAGAAAGGCUUCGCCACGUUCCCAGCGAUCGAUGCCAUCGUGGUCACAACGAAGACCAUUUACUUCCUCCAGAUCACCAUCUCAGAGACGCAUCCGACGAACUGGGACCACAUGGACGAAAUUCUCGAACGCGUGCAAGACAACGGCAACAUCAAGCACCUCACGCGCGCAUUUGUGUAUGUGACGCCACCCACAAUCGCCAAGUACACGAACCCAAGACAACACAAGGAGCUUGUGAUGUGCAGCGGUGCCGUCCUCCACAUCCCUGCCACCAAGGGGCUCCGAUCGCUCGAGAAUUAG